CUCCAGUACUUGCCUACACUUGCUGCAUGGACAACACCCGAAAAAAAAGAUUUAGACUUUUUACAAGCACCGCCGAUUCAUGAAACAAAAUAUCUUGAUUAGUUUUACAUUGUUGGAUAUAAUAAAUAAAUUAUAUCACCGGGAAUAGACGGAAUAUCAAAUGGAGGACUAGUAAUUGUCACGUUAAAUCCCGGAGUUUCACCUGAAACCUGCAAGAGUUCCUCGAAGGAUCCACGCAGGACUGAUACUUCAGUAAGGGUGUGUAACAGGAAGUACCUUUAAUUCAUCAUGGGGAGCAAAGAGAAGUAUCACUGGCAGACUCAGAAUGUGAAGGUCAGCGGUGUGGAUGACAUGGUUCUCCUCUCCAAGAUCAGCGAAGAUGCCAUCACAGAUAACCUCAAGAAAAGAUACAUGGAUGACUUUAUUUUUACAUACAUCGGUCCUGUGCUGAUAUCAGUGAACCCUUUUAAACAGCUGCCGUAUUUCUCAGACCGCGAGAUCGAGCUGUAUCAGGGAGCUGCACAGUAUGAGAAUCCCCCCCACAUCUACGCUUUGGCUGACAACAUGUACCGCAACAUGAUGAUUGACUCAGAGAAUCAGUGUGUUAUUAUCAGUGGAGAGAGUGGUGCAGGAAAGACUGUGGCAGCCAAGUACAUUAUGAGCUACAUUUCGAAAGUGUCUGGAGGUGGGCCUAAAGUUCAGCAUGUCAAAGAAAUCAUUCUGCAGUCCAAUCCACUACUUGAGGCUUUUGGGAAUGCCAAGACCGUGCGCAACAACAACUCCAGUCGCUUUGGAAAAUACUUCGAAAUUCAGUUCAGCCGAGGAGGAGAACCUGACGGUGGAAAGAUCUCUAACUUUCUGCUGGAAAAAUCCAGAGUCGUGUCUCAGAACCAUGGUGAAAGGAAUUUCCAUAUAUAUUACCAGCUCUUAGAAGGUGCCACGAAAGAGCAGAGAGAAAAUUUAGGCAUCACCACUGCUGACUACUACUUCUAUUUAAACCAAACCAGCACCUACACUGUGGAGGAUGUCAAUGACAAGAAGGAGUUUGCAGACACUAUGGCUGCUAUGUCAGUGGUGGGUCUAUCCAUGGAAGAUCAGGACACUGUGCUGCAGAUUGUGGCAGGAAUUAUUCAUCUUGGCAACAUUGCUUUCAAAGAAGAGGGCAACUAUGCAGUGGUGGAGAGUGAAGACUUCCUGGCAUUCCCGUCAUACCUGUUGGGAAUCAAUCAAGAUGGUCUAAAGAAAAAACUAACAAGUCGCAUCAUGGAUAGCAAGUGGGGUGGCAAGACGGAAAGUAUUUCUGUCACCCUGAAUACGGAGCAGGCCUCCUUCAGUCGGGACGCCCUGUCUAAAGCACUUUAUUCUAGACUCUUUGACUACCUUGUUGAUGCUAUAAACAAGGCUAUGCAGAAAGACCGUGAGGAGUUAAACAUUGGAGUUCUAGACAUCUAUGGCUUUGAAAUCUUUCAGAAAAAUGGAUUUGAGCAGUUCUGUAUUAACUUUGUAAAUGAAAAACUGCAGCAGAUUUUUAUCGAGCUCACACUGAAAGCAGAGCAGGAAGAUUAUGUACAGGAAGGAAUCAAAUGGACCCCCAUUGAAUACUUUAACAACAAAGUGGUUUGUGACUUAAUUGAGUCCAAACUGAAUCCUCCUGGUAUCAUGAGCAUCCUGGAUGACGUGUGUGCCACCAUGCAUGCGAAAGGAGAGGGUGCAGAUCAGACUCUGCUGCAGAAACUGCAGUCGCAAAUUGGCACUCAUGAGCAUUUCAACAGCUGGAACAAGGGUUUCAUAGUGCACCAUUAUGCAGGGAAGGUGUCUUAUGAUGUGAGUGGCUUCUGUGAGAGGAACAGAGAUGUACUGUUCAAUGACAUCAUCGAGCUCAUGCAGAGCAGUGAGUUCACUUUCAUCAGAGAUCUGUUCCCAGAAAACCUUGAGGCUGAGAAGAGGGGCCGUCCCACCACUUCAAGUUCAAAGAUCAAGAAACAGGCAAAUAAUCUGGUCCAGACUCUAAUGAAGUGCACCCCUCACUACAUUCGAUGCAUCAAGCCCAACGAGACCAAAAAACCUCGCGACUGGGAGGAGAGUCGCGUCAGACACCAGGUGGAAUAUCUGGGACUGCGGGAGAACAUCCGUGUGCGCAGGGCUGGUUACGCAUUCCGCCGUGCCUUUAAGAAAUUCCUGCAAAGAUAUGCUAUCUUGACCAAAGAAUCUUGGCCUCAGUGGUGUGGAGAUGAGAAACAGGGUGUCCUGCACCUUUUAAAAUCUGUCAACAUGGACUCAGACCAGUAUCAACUGGGCAAGACCAAAAUCUUCAUCAAGGCCCCUGAAUCGUUGUUUCUACUGGAGGAGAUGAGGGAAAGAAAGUACAAUGGAUAUGCUCGGGUAAUUCAGCAAGCCUGGCGCAAGCACAUCGCUGUGCGCAAGUAUGUCCGCAUGCGAGAGGAAGCAUCUGACCUCCUGUUGAAUAAGAAGGAGAGACGGAAGAACAGUCUGAACCGCAAUUUCGUAGGCGACUACCUCGGCACAGACAACCAUCCAGAAAUUCGUCAGUUUGUGGGUCGUAGGGAGAGGAUCGACUUUGCUGACGUCGUGGUCAAAUAUGAUCGCAGGUUUAAGACUGUCAAGCGUGACCUCAUUCUCACCCCUAAGUUCCUCUAUCUGAUUGGACGUGAGAAGGUGAAACAGGGUCCUGAGAAAGGCCAGAUUCGGGAGGUCUUGAAGAGGAAGAUUGAGGUGGAGAAGAUCCAGUCUGUCUCUCUCAGCACACUACAGGAUGACAUCUUCAUUGUGCACGAGGAGCAAUAUGAUAGCGUGAUGCAGUCUGUCUUUAAAACAGAGUUCCUCAGUCUUGUGUACAAGCGUUAUGAAGAAAAAACCCACAAAAAGCUGCCACUUAAGUUCAACAACCUACUUGAAUUUAAGGUUAAGAAAGGUGGCUGGGGUCCGUUUGCCUCUGCUGGUUCUCGACAGAUCCAGUUUCAGAUGGGACAGGGUGAUGAUACAGUUCUGAAGCCCAGCAGCAAGGUUCUAACUGUAAGCAUUGGACCAGGUCUCCCUAAAAACUCAAGACCCACUCGCCGUGACAACCGAAAGAGUAGAUACGUGGGAAACCAGAAUCGCAACAUAGGCCAGUAUUCACGUGAACCUUCUAAGACUGAUGGUCAAAAAAGAGGAACCCAGGGCCUGCAGCCCUCCGUUAGGCACUCUCUGCUGCGUCAGCAGUCCAGUAUGGAUCAGCCCACCCUUCCCAGACUCCAGGGAUCUCGCCGCAGUCAGCACGAGAGCAAGAUCUACACUGAUAUGGGCUUCAUGAAUGUUCCGGACCAAGGCGUGGCAGGAAUCCAACGACGACGAUCGAAAGAGUGCAAGCCUCCACCAGGGUCAGGGCGACCUAAACCCGGCCCCAAACCCAAACCCAGACCCCGCACCCCACAAUGCAAAGCACUGUACACCUAUGAUGCCCAGGACACAGAUGAACUCAGCUUUCAAGUAGAUGAUAUCAUAGAAAUAAUAUUUGAAGAUCCCUUAGGUUGGUGGCAAGGACGUUUUCGAGGAAAGGAAGGCAUGUUUCCUGGCAAUUAUGUUGAGAAGAUCUAAAUUGGAAUGCUUUUGGUUAUGAUUCUUAUUGAUUGUGAUCAUCAUUUUGAUCACAAGUCCAACAAAGCUAUCAAAAGUAAUUAAGGAGAGCAGUACUAACUGUAUUGAUGUCUGGGAGCCAUAACAUACAGUAUACCCAAGUGAAUGGAUGUUUACUAAACUUGGAGCAAAAUGAGCAAAAAUGUUGACAAAAAUGUGUUUAAAUAAUAAGAAUACACAUAAUAUAGUAUAGGAUACAUUUUUACCACCUACUACAGUCAGAUAAACUUAUUAUUUGAUUAUUUGUUUUGUAGAAAGAGAUAUUAGAUGUAAAUGUAGAAGGAAAUCAUUAUUGCUGAUCAUGUUAACUAUUGUAAAACACCCAAGUUUUUUAAAAUAUGUUUUUAAGAAUUGAAUGGAUACAUUAAUAAUCUGUAUUUUACUGAAGUUGCAUUUUAAAGAUCUGCUUUUUUUCCACUGGUAUUGUGCAGAUGUAUACAAUCAGAAAAAGUAUUUUCAAAUACUCUGAACAAAAUAAAAUGGAACU